CAAAUAAAGCAACAGCGCGACAAGGUGAAGCAGUUUCAGAAGAAGCUGGUCGUCCAAUUGGAGAGUGAAACUGAAAUCAUCAAGCAACUAGUUCAAAAGGGCCAAAAGCAAAAAGCGCUACUUUUGUUGAGGAAAAAGAAGUACACCGAGAAGAUACUGGACAAGACGGACACUGAGUUGUUCAACAUUGAGAGCCUCAUCACCGACAUUGAGUUCAAGAGGGUGGAGGAGAGCGUCAUUAAGGGCAUUCAAAUUGGCAAUGAGACGCUGAAGCAGCUGAACGCCGUAUUCAGCAUCGAGCAGAUCGAGUCCAUUCUCGAGGAGACGGAGGAGGGCGUCGCCAAGCAGCAAGAAAUCAACGAUCUCAUAUCGAGCAACAGAGAGGGUGAAGAGGAGGAGGAGGAUGAGGCGGCGCUGGAUGCAGAGUUGGCGAGCAUCCUCGGAGUCCACGAAGAAGAAGACAUUAACCUGCCCGAUGUUCCUACAAGUAAACUGCCAGCUAAAGCAGAAGCUGCUUCAAAGAAGCCAGCAGAAGCAACGGCAACAAAGUCAAAGAAGGUGCUCGUUGAAGCCUAG